ACACCUAUAAAUAUCAGACACUGGGCGUUUGACAUUCCAUGAUAGAAAGGGUUUCGUUCCUUCGCUCCAUCGCUUUUCCCUGUUCUUGUGUUUACAAAUUCUUUUGCUUCUUCUUCUCACUUACCCAGUAAAUCGUUUUCUGAAUCAUGUCUGGGGAAGAGGAAGAAAACGCCGCAGAGCUUAAAAUUGGAGACGAGUUUUUGAAGGCAAAGUGCUUGAUGAACUGUGAAGUUUCAUUGAUUCUUGAACACAAGUAUGAGCAGCUUCAGCAUACAUCUGAUGAUCCCAUGAAUCAAGUUUCUCAGGUAUUUGAAAAGUCAUUGCAGUAUGUGAAGCGUUUCAGCCGCUAUAAAAAUCCUGAUGCUGUUAGACAAGUUAGAGAAAUUCUUGCUAGAUAUCAAUUGGCUGAGUUUGAGCUGUGUGUCCUUGGCAAUCUUUGUCCAGAGACUGUGGAAGAAGCUAUUGCUAUGGUUCCAUCUAUCAAGACAAGAGGACGAGCUCAAGAUGAUGAAGCAAUUGAGAAAAUGUUAAAUGACCUAUCACUGAUUAAGAAAUUUGAAUAAAAAUUUCUGCCAAUUGCCACCGCAAAUUAUGGUUAUUCCUUGAACUUAGUGUGUGCUAUCGUGUCCAUUGUAGAGCGAGAUGUAAUGUUAGUGGUACUGUAUAACAUUUAACUUACUGCGAGCAACCUUGUUCUGUAGUCUUCUAUUACAAAAUUCAUCGUUGGUAAAUUAUACCUCGUUUAUUUUAUUACUUUUAUCACGGAGUUGACAGAACCUGUUAUGAUACUGAUGCAAAUGUAAUUAAUCUUUCUGUGCCCCUCCCAUU